CCGCCCCUCUGACAGUCGCGGAAAGGAGACCUCCAACAUCCCAACAAUCCCCGCGCAAACACACCGACUGAGCAACCCCGAGGCGCAGGCGCAGGGGGCUGCGAUGGCGGAGCUGGCGAUCGGGCAGCACUGCGGGGCGGAGCACUGCGGCCAGCUGGAUUUUCUGCCCUUUGUAUGUGAUGGCUGUUCAGGAGUUUUUUGCCUUCAACAUAGAAGCCGGGAUUCUCAUGGCUGUUCUGAGGUGAAUAUAAGAAGCGAGAGCAUGAAAUUGGACGAACAUCGAUCUUACCCAUGCACGUAUAAGGGCUGCAAUGGAAAAGCGCUUUUACCAGUUUUAUGCUCCUACUGCAAGAAACAGUUUUGCUUAAGACACCGUCAUCAGUCAGACCAUGAGUGUGAGAAACUGGAUACCCCUAAACCUCGCAUGGCUGCUACUCAGAAGCUAGUUAAAGAUAUUAUAGAUUCUAAAAAGGAGGAGGCAGUAAGAAGCAAAAGACGGAAAGGAGCAAAAAACAGUGAAACAGCAGCAAAGGUGGCACUAAUGAAACUGAAAAUGCACGCAUGUGGGGAUAAGUCCUUGCCACAGACAGAAAGAAUUUACUUUCAAGUGUUUUUACCUAAGGGAAGCAAGGAGAAGAGCAAAUCCAUGUUCUUUUGCAGUAAGUGGAGUAUUGGCAAAGUAGUAGAUUUUGCAGCUUGCUUAGCAGACCUUAAAAAUGACAACAACAAAUCAACAGCCAAGAAAUUAAGGCUGUGUCAUACUGCAUCUGGAGAAGCUUUGCCAUUGGACCACACAUUGGCUACUUGGCUAUCCAAUCAAGAGUGUCCAUUAUAUAAUGGUGGAAACAUUAUUCUGGAAUACCUUGAUAAUGAAGAUCAGUUUAUAGAAGAUACGAAUUCAUAUUUAGAGUAGCUAAUUGGUGAACUGGAUGGAAACAAAGAUCACCAGAAAAAACACUGAGAUAAAGCCAAACACAACUUACAUUUAGAAUGGGUUCAGGCCUGAUUCGGCCCUCAGCCACCCAGAAACAAUUCCCACCAACUUCAGUGGGAGUUGCAUCUGCAUAACUGUGGGUAGAAUUGAGCCCUAUCUCUAAAAAUAAAUGUAUAUUUUUAAUGUAGAACAGUUGUGGUUACUUGAAACAAUAGUUUAACCCAUUUAAUAAAUAUUUGAUGUCGGUCAAUUUGAAAUAGUUAUAAGACAGAAAGUAUUCCAGUCACAACUGGCACAGGAUGCCUAUGGCAAGUAAACUAACUAAUCCACUAGCUACCAAAACUUGGGAGUGGUUGAUACUGCUAAAAAGAGAAUGGAUUGGUAAGUGGACAUCACCUCUGUGACAUGAAUCUUUCCAUUUAUUUUAUUCUAUUGCCAUGCAACCAAAUGAAAUUUUUAUCUUUGGUUUUGUAUUUUAAAGUAUUUUUUUGUACAUUACAAAGUAUUGAUGAAAACAAUAAAUGAAUUAAUAAUGUAAACCAGCAGAGUGAACCAUUAACUAAAGAGAUAAGAAGCUGCUUAUAUUAUUGGAGGGGAUACCUGGUUUGACCUAGAUCCCUUCUUCAUUCUACAGCUCCCUCUUUUGUCGCUAAACAGAGUGACAGCCCUACAGAACAGUCCAGUACCUUUCUAAAGCAUGACAGUAAUGUAUGUUUUAUUCUCUAUUUCUUCCUUUUAAGAAUGUACAGGACCGAGUUUGAAAAAAAAAAAAAAAAAAAAACAACCCAUGUUUUACAAGCUCAUAUGUGAGGCAGUAUUGUCCAGUGGUUAGGGAGCUAACCUACGACUUGGUAGACCUGGGAUCAAGUCCCUACAUGGUCACAGACUUCCUAUAAGACCUUGGACUUAGUCUCUCUGUUCUUCAAUUUUCCAUCUGUAAAAAGGAGAUAAUAGCAUUUUCCUACAUCUCAGGGGUAUUAUAAGGAUAAAUAUAUUAAAGAUUCUGAGGCACUUAAUUACUGAGGUAAUUAGGGCCAUAUAAGUACAAAAGACAAGCAAGUUUUCAUAACAUGUAAAAUGCUAUUUAGCUAAUGAGAGUAGAUAUUUGAGUUUAAACAGGUGUUUUCUCCCAGACAGGGAUCCAUGUCCCAUGCUGCACAUUCAACACAAUAAUGUUACAGGCAGGCACUGCAGGUUUAUGCAGCAGAAAGCUCAGCUUUCUACAUUUUUCAUACAUAUUGUAUUGUGUUGUAAUUGAAAUCAAAGUGUAUAUUAUCUUUAUUACAAAUAUUUACACCGUAAAAAUCAGACAAAAGUGAUAUUUUUCAGUUCACCUCAUACAAU